AAAACCAAGUCAAUUAUUUUUAAUUUGAAAAAUAUAAAAGAUGAAAUCACUUCAGCUAAGCUACUUGGUAUUAUUCUAGAUACAAAAUUAACAUGGACAUGCCACAUUGACUGGUUAUGUGGUCGGCUCAGUAGAGUGGUUUUUCUUAUAAGACGUCUGAGAACUCUUGUUCCUCAGCAAUAUUUGAGGACGUCCUACUUCGGGUUUUUCCAGAGUUUAAUUCAAUAUGGGCUUAUCCUAUGGGGUGGAGCAGCCAAUACUAGUAGGGUGCUGCUUCUUCAGAAAAAAGUAGUAAGGCUUAUGGCCAAUGCUGACUACCUCGCUCACUGUCGCCCAAUAUUUGUUUCGUUGGAGGUUAUGACUGUGUUCAGCCUGUACGUCAUGCGACUCCUGGUCAGGGUCAGGGACGAGUUGGAUGUUCUUGAGUGUAGGUCUGAGAUACACGGGCAUUUCACCAGACAAGCAUGUCAUCUGAAUGUUCCUUUUGUCAGGUUAAAAAAACUUCAAGGACAUUAUAGAAUAUCAUCAAUCAAGGCAUUCAAUAAGCUGCCUGUUAGUGUGAGAUAUAUGAAUCAAGCCCGUUUUAAAACUCAAGUUAAAAAGCUGCUAACAGAGAACCCAUUACAUAAUGUAGAGGAAUUUUUCAAUUUGCCCGUCGAUGUAGUGAAUACUUAUUUUGUGUGAUAAUAUAUAGUUAUAAUGGCUCAGUAGUUUUAUGGGAUUAUUCUU